AUGUCACGUACCUUCUUCGACCUACCACUCGAAUCCAAGAUGGCACUCGAUGUUCAUAGUGGUGGCGUUGCCUGGCGUGGCUACAUGCCUCUCGGCGGCGAGCAUACACACGGACGUCUCGACUGGAAGGAAGGUCUCUACGUAGGCCCUGAGCACGCCGAUGACCACCCACUCGCCGGCCUCCCACUGCACGGACGUAACCAAUUUCCUGACUUUGAUCUCCCCGAGAUGAGGCCCACUGUGCUGAAAUACGUGGAUCAAGUUACGGAGCUGGGCAAGACGCUGACAGACAUGUUCUCGUUGGCGUUGGGGUUGAGUCGCGCCGAGUUGCGCCAGACACUUCUAGAGCCGGAGCCCGUUGUGCUAUUCCGGUGUUUCAAAUAUCAGGCGGUGGAGGGGCAGCUUUUUCAGGACAAGAUUGUUGGCGUAGGAGACAGGGAGAAGUCAAGGGAUGGGACUGGUGAGCAGAGUUUCGGUAUCGGCGAACAUACUGGUAAGGCGGUCUCACGACUCAAGUACACUCGGGACGCGCUCAUUAUAGCUAUAGACUUUGGUUUCCUCACCAUUCUGAAAGUGGACUCACCCGGCCUCCAGGUGAGCGAGCAUGACAUGCUCCAACAUGACAUGACAACUCUAUCUAACCCUUGGUCUAGAUCCUAUCGCCCUCGGAUAAGUGGGUAG